AUGGAGCGAAGGAUAGCGCGGAUAAUAUACAUCUUCAUAAUAUUAGCUCUGGUAAAUGAAAUGUCGAUCGCCGUUCAAGCGAGAGAUAAUAACAAAAGGCGGAGUAAAGAAAAAACGGGAGGAUUUCAAAACAAUAUCUGCGACAUUACCGAUCGAGAUUCUAAAGUACAUUGCUACUGUGAAAAUACAAGAGAACCUAGAAAUGCAACAAAAGCCGAGUGUUGGGUGUUCAAUGGCGGUAUACCCCGUGACGACCUCAUCUGGCAAAGUUUUGCGUCACAACCAACUUUGCAAACUUUGUCUUUUAACGUCCGUGUCGAUGGCGCGCUAGGCUACGUGCCGACCAAAGCGCUGCAAUACUUACCAAGACUUAAAUCUAUAAAUAUUAAAUAUGGUAAUAUAGUCGAUGUCAGCUCUUAUGCGUUCGCAAAUUUAACAAAUUUGAAAGAGGUAUCAAUAUCACAAAAUCAGAUCGAAACUUUGCAACAGUAUGCAUUUGCGUAUCUUCCAAAUUUGACUGUGGUUAAUUUAGAAGAAAAUAUGAUUUUAGAAAUCGGAAGGGAUUCAUUUUUCGAUGUACCGAAAUUACAAAAACUCGUUUUUACCAAAAACAAUAUUUCAACAAUUAGUAAUGGUGCAUUUCAAUACGCCUUCAAUCUCUUAGAACUGGAUUUAAACAAGAACAACAUAUUCCAUCUGAAUCGCCACACAUUUGACGGAUUAGCCAACUUAAGGAAAUUGGAUCUCAGACGAAAUCGUAUUUACAACUUGACCGAAUUCACGUUCGCCGAACUGUGGAAUUUACAAGAGUUGCUUCUGGGAAAGAACGAAUUAAAAUAUAUAUCGGAGCGGGCGUUCGAUGGUUUAUCCCAACUCCGAAAGUUGUCCCUCGAUGAUAAUAAACUGGCGUCGCUUCCCUCCGGUUUAUUCGAGGGCGUAAGGGGUCUCAGCUCCCUAGAUUUGCGUUCCAAUGAACUACACGCUUUAACUUUCGACAACAUCAAGCCCAUAUUGGAUAAUUUGAAGCCUUCAGGCAGCAAUUUGCUACUCGAAGAAAACAACUUCGUUUGCGACUGCAGGCUGCAGUGGAUGCAUAUAUUACGAAACGAAACAAAAAGCCAAAAUACGAAAGAUUCGUUGGAAAGUGUCACGUGCAAAAUGGAUCCACCGAUAGUCAGCUCCGCAUACAAUAAAAUGCCCGAUAUCAGUAUAAAUAUUAACCAGAACUCACUACACUCAGAUACAAAUUUAGAUAAAUUUGUUAAAACGAAUCUAACAGAUAAGAAAACUGAUGAAAUACAAGAUAUAAUCAACGAAUUAAAUGUUAAGAAAGCUGUUAAAAGGAAUGUGUUAAAAAUUCCACCGGAGACAUUGCCGUGUCCUGCAGAAACUAAAAAAACUACUGAGAUACCGUUCAUAGUAGAUCCAGUGAUUCCGAUUCAAAACGAAAUGAAAACUUUUAGAUUUCAAGAGAUGAACGCUGCUCGUAACACGUCUUUCGUUUUCGGUCUAGUAUUAUGGAGUGUCUGUUUUGUGUUCUUCUUUACUUAG